AUGUCAAAAAAUGAAGUACUUUCUUUGUGCACAAAAUUACGUCCACCCUUAUUUAUAUAUGAAACUUCUGCAAUUGAUCAGUCUUUGCAACAAGUGAAGACUCGGUCAAAAUUAGCAUUAGAGGACUUGCAAUAUCUUAUCAAACAAGCAACGGCAGAAAACAAUUUGUCACAUAAAAUUGACGAUGAGACGAUUCAAGAGGUUAUAACGUCAUGCGAAAUAUUGAUUGGUGUAGAUUUAUGGAUUAACUUGGAUCUCAACGAUCCUGCUAACGAGGUUAUUGAGUUAUUAGCGAUGCUAGAGCCAAUGCGAUUUCCUACUGCAAAGCGGAUGAUAGAAACAUUUAUUCCAAAAAUCUUGGAAAAAUCAAUAAAACCGAUAUUUUUGAAAUAUUCGAAGAUACGAAGUGAUAAACUUGAUGGUAGGUCAUCAAAAAAACUACUGUUAGACCAUGACAAUAUGAAUGAGCCAUGGCGAGGAGAAGUGGCACAAGCUUCUAGUUUACUUUACUGCUGCGUACUUCAUAUGAAGAGUUCAGAAAUAGAGACUAUGCUCGGUCUGAUUGUCCCACCAAUGCUGUCACUUGUUGAUGACUAUGACAUAAGACUCAAGACUCGGGGUGUAUCUAUACUAGAUUAUCUAUUGAAAGAAGCGAAACCAGAGGUCAUUCAACGGUCAGGAUUGGGUGAUGUUUUUUAUGAGGCACUAGUUAAUUGUCUCAGUUACCAAAACGAAACUUCAUACGUACCCUUCUUACGUUUGAGUUUCUCGACGAUAAUUACGCUGGUUUCGUCAGUCGAACCGAUGGCAGAAAAAUCUAAGCACUCAAAGUAUGAGAAAAUUCUAUCAAAUAGUGUUGUCCGAGGUUUCGUUUAUUCAGGAGACAAGAUAGCAGUGCGCCAGGUUCUGUUGGAACAAGUUCCACGGCUUGCAGAAAAAUUAGGAAUCGUAACUGUUAAAUACUUGCAGGAUUUGAUACAUAAUCUUUGCGCCACCUUAGAAAUCGCGUUAAAUGUUCCUAACAAAACACAAAUAUUGAAUUUGCAUUUAACGGCCGCGAAAGGGAUCGAAUUGCUAGUAAUCAAAUGUUGGCCAAGGAUACCCCAAUACGCAGGUAAAAUUUUGAAAUCCAUUGCAACCUCUUGGUGCAACGUAAUUCGUCUUGAGCAGAAAGAUUUUGAUCUAUUAGAUGAAAUCUGUAAAGAAAACAUUACAUCACUUAAAGCCAAACUAAGAAAAUUGUGUCAGCUCCUAAAAUUAGCGUGUGUUGAUCAUAGUGUCAUUGAGAAUGACAUUAAGGCUCUAAUAGAUCUAGAUUGUCAAAUGUUUGAACUGUUGUUUGUGAAUUCAUUAUAG